AUGCCGCCAAAGAAGUCGCGUUCAAGUUCACCUGCGACCGAGCGCCGCGAGCGUCUAACCCUGGCCAAACUGGCCAGCUAUGACGAUGUCGCAACAGAUGCGCUGGUCGAUCAUGCCUACUUCUGGACCACCACCCGCAAGAAUCGCAACAAGUACAAUUCGGCCCGUGGAAUUCAUGACGACGAUGUGGGCCAUAUUCUUCUCCACGAUAUCGCCGUGGCCAAGGACGUCGUCACGGCCGAGCGCAAACUCCUUGAUUUGCCCGGGCUGAAAAAGUACCUGGCCAACUUGCGCAGCUCGCGAGAGAAAGACUGGUUCCGUCGUCACCUCCGGAAAUACAUCCAGAUGUACCACCCCGAUUGUCCGUUCGAGGUGACGACGACCAACCGCUACAUCAUCACGCAGCCCGAGGCUGCCAUCUGUGCCCGCAAGUUCAUCAAGGCCGGCCAGGAGAUCAAAUAUCUGAGCGGCACUCUUGUUGCCAUGACCAAGGAAGAGGAAAUGGAUCUAGGCCUCACCCGCAAGGAUUUCAGCGUGGUCAUGUCCAGCCGCCGCAAGACCCCCUCGUUUUUCCUGGGACCCGCUCGGUUCGCCAACCACGACUGUAAUGCCAACGGUCGCCUGGUAACCCGCGGCACCGAGGGCAUGUCAGUCAUGGCGACUCGCAACAUCCACGAAGGCGAAGAGAUCACGGUGUCCUACGGUGAGGACUACUUCGGUAUUGACAACUGCGAAUGUCUGUGCUUUACCUGCGAACGGGCCAAUCGCAACGGCUGGUCGCCAACAGUAGACCUCGAUGAUGAUAGCAAGGAGUCCUCACCGGCAUCAAUCGCCGAGGCUACCCCGGCCCCGGCGGAACUUCGCUCAGAAAGCAAGAAGCGUAGUCGUGACUCCGAAAUCGAACCAGAAGAUUUAAUCUGCUCCACUCCGCACAAGCGCGCCAAAUUCCAGCGUCAGACCUCGAAGCUGUGUGAGGAGAUUUCGAUAUCCGAUAUUAUUCCAGAGUCUACGACCACUUCUGAGACUGACAUUCCCCCAACUCCCGAAUCCGACUGCGGUAUCGUUAUGGUGCCAACAAUGAUCGCGACUGAACGGCAGGUGUCCAAACUGAGACAAGAGAUCAUAGCCUCUGCAGAAGUACAGCCCGCGGACGGUUCAUUGCCAGCCGAAUCACCACUUCCGGUUCUCCUGGAGCCAACCCAGUCGAUACUGAGCCCCUCCGCUCAAAACGAGGCGAUCGCUCCCUUCGACUCGAAUGAGAUCGUCAAUACUCAUUCCAACGGUGUUACUGACUGCAAGUCCCCCAGCUCCGCUACUGAUGACUCUCAUCAAUCUUCAACGUCAAGUGUCCCAACGUCCGUGGAGCAAUCUACGCCCAAUGUGAAGGCCGAAGAGUCUACAGAAAUCAAUCAUAUCGACCCCCCUCAAGGAGAGUCGACUGCAGAGGGUCACCUCAGUAUCCCAAUCACAGGUCAGCCAGAAGCAGCCACCCUCUUCCCAGACAGUGAUAUCCCAGAUGAACUGUCAGACUUAUCAGCCUCGUAUGAACUAGACGAAACAUUGCAAACCGUUGUUGAGAAGGCCCGCAAAACCCGACGCCGCCGCAACUGGCACGUCGUUGCCUCCGUUGAGACCGAAGCACCCGUCGCUCGAUCCCCUGGCGACUAUACGAAGACGUCACGACUCCUUGCCCAAAAGUAUGACCGCUGGGUGGAUUGUCAGACAUGUGAGGCGUGGUUUGUUCAAUCCAAUUCUUACCAGACACGCCGCGAAUGCCCACGCUGCGAACGGCACUCGAAAAUCUACGGGUUUCAGUGGCCCAACACUGACAAGGGAGUCGACGGAGAAACUCGUGUUAUGGACCACCGCACAAUCCACCGAUUCAUAUCCCCAGAGUCCGAGGCGCGCGUUUCCCGCCGAGACCGAGGUGUCAGCUUCGGUAUUACCCCUACGCCUGAGCUUUCCGACGCACGCACAGAGACGCCUACGAGCGAUUCAAAUGAGCCUCGCCGCAACAUGCGGGCCACUCGUCGGCUGACUCGAGAGUUUCGUAUGACGAUGUAA